GACAUCAUGGGAACAGAGGUGGUUUCAUUUAAGACCAGCGUAGGUCCAGGGAGCUGCCCAGUACAGAAACCUCCCCCGACAGCCUUCGCCAUCAAAAACCCAGCUGAAGCUGUGAGCUCUUUCGUUUUCUGUCAGGAUCACUGUGGAUGGCGUCCCAGGCCUCGCUGGAGCUGCAGCCCUCUAACCAAAGCCAGCAGGCCCCUCCCAACGUCACCUCCUGCGAGGGUGUUCCAGAAGCCUGGGACCUGCUGUACAGGGUGCUGCCAGGGUUUGUCAUCACCAUCUGUUUCUUUGGCCUCCUGGGGAACAUUUUAGUGCUGUCCUUCUUUCUCCUGCCUCGGCGGCGGCAAUGGCGGCAGAGACAUCACCGCUUAACCAUAGCAGAAAUCUACCUGGCUAACUUGGCAGCUUCUGACCUGGUGUUCGUGCUGGGCCUGCCGUUCUGGGCAGAGAACGUCGGGAACCAUUUCAACUGGCCCUUCGGAACUGACCUCUGCCGGGUGGUCAGCGGGGUCAUCAAGGCCAACCUGUUCAUCAGCAUCUUCCUGGUGGUGGCCAUCAGUCAGGACCGAUACAGGUCACUGGUAUACCCCAUGACCAGUCGGGGGUACCGGCGGCGGCGGCAAGCCCAAGCCACCUGUCUGCUCAUCUGGGUAGCGGGGGCCCUCUUGAGCAUCCCCACAUUCCUUCUUCGCUCUGUCAAAGUUGUCCCCGACCUGAACAUCUCUGCCUGCAUCCUGCUUUUCCCCCACGAGGCUUGGCAUUUUGCAAGGAUGGUGGAAUUGAAUGUUUUGGGUUUCUUCUUCCCACUGGCUGCCAUCAUCUUCUUCAACUAUCACAUCCUGGCAUCCCUGAGAGGGCAGAAGGAGGCCAGCAGGACCAAGCGUGGGGGUCCCAGGGGCAGCAAGACAACGGGGCUGAUCCUCACACUGGUGGUCUCCUUCUUGGUCUGCUGGGCCCCCUACCACUUCUUUGCCUUCCUGGACUUCCUGGUCCAGGUGAAAGCAAUUCAGGACUGCUCCUGGAAGGAGUUCACGGACCUGGGGCUGCAGCUGGCCAAUUUCUUUGCUUUCAUCAACAGCUGCCUGAACCCAUUGAUUUAUGUCUUUGCGGGCCGACUUUUAAAGACCAGGGUCUGGGAACAUUAUAAAUGAUACACCCCUAUGCGUCUCAUGCCCACAUACCCCAGUAGGAAAGAACUCUUCCAACUGUUCUGGCACAAUUGGAACAGCAGCAAGCCAAGAAGUCUGCUUUCUAGAUCAAUCAUCUCCAAUAGCAUAAAGGCCAGCUGAUCGGCUGACCCAUGGCCCACAAGGGUGCCCAGGGAACGCUACUAAUAGGGUAGCAGGGACCUUGUAGAUGUAAUU